CAAGACACGGACAUAAUGGUGCAACAAGACCCGGCUUUGGAGGUCUUUCAUCAAGCACAGCAAUCGUUCCGCAACAGUCUGAAAGAUCCUGACUUAUACCGCGAAAUCCUCGCCUCUAAUUCUAUCAGCGAAGUCUACAAUGCCACAAGCAAGCUUCAAGAGGAGGCUGCGGGGAAGGGGGCGCUUCGCAAUCUCGCUCGCAUUCGGCCUUUUCUCGACCGCCUCUCUUCCUAUAGCGGGGUUAUCGAAGCCUUUCUCCAAGUGAAGCCCGAGCUGGCGCUUCUGUGGGGUCCGAUCAAGCUGCUCUUGCUAUGGUCCAGUCAGCUCUCCAGUGCCUUUGACCGAGUGGCGGACACAAUGGUCAAGGUCGGCUAUGCUCUCCCCCAGUUUGCCACUGUUCUAGGGGCUUUUGAAUGGAGUGAUGCCAUCCGCGCCGCUCUAGCCCUGUUUUAUGGGGAUCUCCUCGAUUUCUACCGAGUCAACCUUGACUUUUUCCGGAAGCGCCGCUGGAAACAAGUGUUUGAGGCGAUUUGGCCAAGCUACCAAAAAAAGCUGGACUCGGUAGUUGGCAACAUCGAGUUGCAUGCGAGCUUGUUAAGAGACGAGGUUACGCUUGUCGAUGUCACAGAAGCCCAAAAGGCUCGCUUGAAGUCGCUUGAGCAGUUGGCGGCAAUCCAGACUCUACAAGAUCGGCAUCGUUACACGGAUCUCAAGGGGCGGAUCGCACCAGCAUCGUUCGACGAACGCCUAGACUGGAUCCAAAACCGGUCCGUCCCAGGCUGUGCGAAGUGGCUCUUUCAGGAUUCCUCUUUCAAACAGUGGGCAGAUGAUACGACACCCCCCACCAAUCCAUGGCUCUGGCUACAGGGCAUGCCAGGGGCGGGCAAGUCCUACCUGUGCUCGGCCGCGGUGAGGCAGUUUCGCGACAAGAAUCAGCGAUGUCUUUUCGCGGUUAUAAGCCACUGUGCAAACGAUACCUCCACGGCCCUCAAGGUGCUACAGUCGAUGCUUUUUCAGGCAGCCGACGAGGAGCCGGACCUGCAAGCCGUGCUUCUGGAAGCCAAAGAACGCGAACUGCGUGGGAGCACACUGCAGGUGACCGAGCUAUUGAAUGCCUUCCUUCGAACCGCCGACCAGACCCGGAUCAUCAUUGAUGGAUUGGAUGAGAUAGAGGAGUACGAGCGACAGGUGCUGCUGGAGCGGUUGGAGGACCUCGUCAAGGGGUGUCCCGGAGUGCGCAUCCUCAUCGGCAGUCGUCCCGAAGGGGACAUUUUCCGGAGACUCGAUGGCAAGGCUAUCACUAUCAAUGUCCAUGAUCGAAAUGCAGGUAGCAUCCAGCAUUAUAUCAACCACCGCGCUCGUAGCUGGAUCAAUGGCCUGGAAUGUCUCCCCACCAUGGAGACUGAGAUUGGCGUUCUGUUGUCGCCGCUGGCAGCCAAGGCAAAAGGUCAGAUGGACGAUAUUCGCCGGGAGCUCAGAGCUCUGCCCGAAGAUCUCAAUACGGCAUAUCACCGCAUCCUCCAAAGAAUCAACGACUUGAGUCACCGAAAGCGAGAUCAAUGUAGGAAGAUCCUGGGCUGGCUCGGUACUGCGCCCAUUCCUUUGACCACUCGGGAAAUGGAACAGGCUUUGUCAGUAGAGGUUGAUGAUGUCGAAAGAACAUCCCGUGAUCAAAGUAGUUCACAAGACUUCUUGAGUGUCGACUUUGUUCAACUCUGCGGUCCAAUAAUCGAGGUUGCAGAUGAAAAGCUCCAGUUUGUUCAUUUCACGGCCGUGGUAUACAUUUUCAGUGAGAGAGUUCCCUUCUUCAUAAAUCAGGCCAUUGCGAGGCGCAAUCUUCUCGAUUGUUUGCUGGCAUAUCUCAUGUCAGGGAUCGUUGAUCUUGAGGUAGAGGAGGAGGUGAUUCAAGAGCAGAUUCUGCGGGGUCGAUUCCGGCUUUUUGACUAUGCAAAUUUUUACUGGCCAGUCUUACUAUCUAGCACUCUACCCUCAGACUGGAAGGACGCUGGUGUUAAGGUAAAUGACCCGCUCGUUGGCCGACUCGAUAAAGUAUCGCAGCGACUUGAGAAUCCGGAAAACUUCCAAAACCAAAUCUGGGGUCGUGUUGAACGUGUAUUUUCAGAAGCAAACACAGAAAUUGUGGCGUAUCGGCGAGCGCGUAAUUUUGCAGGGGAUGCAAGAGCGUUUUACUCCUGCGAGAAACGAUGGGACUGGAAUCGGAAGAAUGGCGCGUCGUGGGUCAACAAGGAUCCUCUAGUUACUUCUCAGAUGUGGCUACGGCUGCAGAGACAGCAUGAGGCCCUACUCGCCAAGUCCGAAUGCCGACAAGACAUGGAACGGAACUAUGGUUCGCAACUCUUUCGAUGCACUUACCUUUUCUGCAAGCGGAGCCUGCGCGGGUUUGCCACGACCGACGAGCGCGAUCAACAUGUUCAGAAUCAUGACCGGCCAUGGAAAUGUUUCGUCCCAAGCUGCGAUUUUUCCACCAUCGGCUUUCACACCACUAUGAGACGUGAUCAACACUGGAAACAGUAUCAUGUUCUCUCCGCACUGGAGACACACGGCUCAGAAGCAGCAGGAGACAACGACGCCACUUUCGACGCUCUCGAUGAAGAAGAGGCCCAGCCCCUGCUCUUUGUUUUAAUUAGUGAGGGACAGGUUGACCGUGUGCGGCAUCUGAUCUCCUCCCCAGCUGGCAAGAAGCUCAAGUCGGAAGUCCUUGCGCAUGCCAGGCUGAUGGCAGCCGAGCAGGGGUCGCUUGCCCUGACCGAGCUCUUAGCCCCUGCCAGCGAAGAAAGGGGCGCCGUACCAAUAAAGAUUCGGAUCGCCGCUGUCACCAGCGACCAAGACGAUUUCGGCGCAUGGGCGUUGGAGAGCCUUAAAGUCGAUGACUUGCCAUCCAUGAUGUCAGCGGUUCUGAAAACGAGGUCGGAAGGCAUUUUCGGACAAUGGGAACAGAUGAUUCUCACAAUGAUAGAGAACCCAGAUCUUGAUCCCAAGUUAAGACUGCAUUGGUGGGAGUGGACCCUCUUUCGGCAGUCCUUGUUCACAGAAAUUCAAGGCAACGAGCUAAAGGAAGCCAGGGUCAAACGCCUCCUCAGCCGCUUGGGGCCAUACCUCCCGGUAAAUUUUUUAGGCACUCUCCUCGUGCGCGUUGCCCGAUCAAGCUGCUCAGUUGCCCUGGGAGAACAGCUAUUGCAGGUGGCAGCGAAGAUCAAUCACCACGCUGCCAACGGCCAGACUGCGUUGUAUAUAGCUUCGAGAAAGACCUCCGUGGCGGCUGCUUUCUUCAUGAAGUUUCUGAUCCUCAGGGGCGCUGAGACCUCGAUUUAUCUCAAUGGCGAGAUUGUCAAGCUCUGCGAAGGGAAGGGCGCUCUUGAACUGGCUCAAAAGGUGGGGUACACGUGGCAAGAGCUGAGAGCGCAAGUCGGGAAAGAAGAUGUUUAG